AUGGGUGACACAUGUUCUAUAAAAGGUGCAAAUAUAUUGGUAGUUGAAGAUGACCCUUUAAAUAGAAUUAUUGCCUUAAAGUUUUUAAAGAAACUUGGCCACAAUGUAACAUUAGCUGAAAAUGGUUUACAUGCCUUCAAUUUAGUAUCUUGCAAUACCUUCGAUUUAAUUUUAAUGGAUGUCAACAUGCCAGUAAUGGACGGUAAAGAAUCCACAAAGAAAAUAAGAGAAUAUGAAUCAAGAGUAGGUAAAAGAACUCCAAUUAUUGGACUUACUACAAUGCCAAAGGAUGAAUGUAUCGAAGCCGGUAUGGACGACCAUCUAUUUAAACCAGCCAAAUUUAAUUUACUUGAUGAAAAAGUUACCUACUAUUUAAAGAACCAAGCAUAUAAUCAAUCCAUUUCUGCACCAGAAAAACAAGAGCCAUCUUCAGAACCAUCAUCACCAACUGUAACCAUCAAAUCAGACAUUCAAAUCGUUUCAAUCAACAAUAGAAAUAAGUAUAUAAGUUCACCAGACCUUUUAGUUUAUUUCAAAAAUAUUUCAAAUAUUAAUACAAAUGUAAAUAGUUUAAGUAGUUCCUGUAAUAAUAUUUGUACAAUUAAAGAAAUAAAUGAAGAAAAUAUCGAGUAUUUAAAUCAAUGUAAUAUUAAUAAUAAUAAUUUAACAAAUAUAAAAAACUGUAAUAGUAAUCAAUGUAAUAAUAAUAAUAAUAAUAAUAAUAAUGAAAAUAUAAAUUGUAUAUUUAAUAACACCUCAAAUAAUAAUAUUUAUUUUGUAAAUACCGAUCUUCCAUUUUUAAACAAUAAUAACAAUGUUUUAAGUAAUAUUAACAACAUUAAGAACCUUAUUCAAACCAAUACAACCCUUAAUAAUAGCAAUAAUAAUAAUAGCAUUCUAAAUAGAAGAAGAAAAUUUGUUAGCAGAUCAACGUCUCAACCAUCUUUUUUUUCUAAUAAAGAAUAUACUGUUAAAUAA